AUGCUGCUCUGCGUCCCCCUGCUUCUCCUGAUGGGGCUGUCUGCAUGCACUGGGACAGCUGCCGAGGACCUGGCAGUGGGAGCUGAAGCAGGGUCCUGGAUAACCUUGACCCUGGAGGACGGUGGCAUCCCAGGCAUUCAGCUCCAGCUCCAGCUCCAGGAGGUGAAGAGGGGCAAAGCAAGCCAGUUCUUUGGGCUGAUGGGGAAGCGGGUGGGAGGCAGAGAGGAUGAGGACCAGGGGCCAGAGUGAGAGCCCCCACCACACACUCUGCAGAGGACUAAACCCUGCUCCUGCCCUGGAUGUUACAGCUGACAGCCAGCCACACCAACCUCUUCUCCAUGUGUCUCCUGUGCCCGAUAAUGGUGUGUCCCACCCAGCCUCACUGAACUCACUGCGGUUCCUUCCCUAUCCUCAGUCCUAAGCAGCAGUGAUGCACAAAUGCACUGUUGCAGUUGCAAGCUGGAGUGACCCUGCCCUCCCUCAGUGCUCAGUCCCUAUCUCACUGCUAAGCAGGGCCAAGUGUCACCCACUUCUAUGUCUCCUGUCCUGCGACCUAGUAGGAGCUCAAUAAAUGGACAAACAGUGAGUAGUUUCUUCUCUGGUACAGAGCAGAGAGCAGGAAUGGCCUGGGCUCCACACUCUGCCCAGUGAUUUGGCAACGCAGGCAGGAGUCGGGCCUUUCCUGAACUGCAAAGGGCAAUAGUCAACAGCCCUGGUUCCCACCUUCAGGUGGGAAAACAGGCUUGGGACACAGGUAUGGAGGACAGCCUCCCGCCUGAAAGCAGACACCCUCUCCCUACUCAUAGUCAUCAUCUCAACGCCCCAAAUCCCUGGGUCUUCUGACCUGGAGAACUGGGUCCCAGAUCCUUCAUCAAUUCUCGUGUAUAACGUGGCUAUUCAACUAAAGGCUUUCCUUUUGGAACAUGGGCAGUUGGUCAUGCUCUGAGCACUGGGAAGAGCUCCAGAGGAAGGAAACAUUUCCUACCCUCAGGGAGUCCCCAGUCUGAUGGGGAGACCACUGUCACUGUGGUUAAUGGGGAGGACACAGAGGACCCUAGGAUGCUUAGAGAGACACAUCAGCCAGAAUGAAAUUGUGGAG